AAAAGCAUUAUUAGACCAUUUCAUUUCGAUACAAUACGAUCUCAGUUUUCGUUCGUCUUCUCUUCGAGAGGAAGCUUUGAUUUGAUCGAAAUCGAUAGAUUGUUAUUGUUGAUUGAUUAAGGAGAGUUGAAGUUUUUGUGAUCGGAGGAUUAUGGAUUGGGGAAAUGUGACGGCUGAGGAUCUCGUCGAUGCUCUCCGAGAGGUUGACUGGUCGUCGCCGCCGCGUCCGCUCUCAGAGUUCUUCUCAAGGUUCACCGUUCCUAAAUCUUUCGCUAAAUGGGACAGCCGUCUCAAGUGCAAUCUCUACUACUACCGAACGAACUACUUCAUCAUGAUCGUCUUUAUACUUGGAUUGGGAUUUCUUACAAGGCCUCUCGCCAUUCUCUCUGCCUUUUUGACAGCAGUAACUGUGGCAUUCCUAAAUGACAGCUUUGCAGGUUCCUUUAGUGAGAAGGCCACACGAACCAUCAGAAGAUUCUCCCCACAGUUAGCUGCUAAAAUGAGACCUCCAUUGGCGCCUGUCAUUCGUGGACGCCCAUCAGCAAAGAGAGCAAUCUAUAUCUGUGGCCAACCCCGUUGGGUCUUUGUCUUGAUAUCCUCACUUGUGAGUUUUGCCCUUUGGUAUAUUUCAUGUGGUUUGUUCACCGUCUCUUUGGCACUACUCAUUGGGCUUCUUGCUACAAUUCUUCAUGCAACCUUGAGAACACCCAACUUGAAGGCACGUCUUAACACCUUCAGGGAGGAAUUUCGAGCAGUGUGGCGUAACUACAGUGAGAUCUAGAGUAAUGUAAGCUCGAGCAGUGUUGCUGUGUAGCUCCAUGACUCAGGAUUACCUUUUUCUUGAUUUGGUUUAUGCUUUCUGUAGCAGUCUUGUUUAAGCACUUGUAAAGCCAGCUUGUUUGCUGUUGUUGUUUUCCUUCAAAACCCUUUACGAUGCAUUAUUAAUAUACAAUCCUAGAGUCGGCUGAAA